ACACCGCUCUCAGACAUAGGGUUUGGAUUUUGAAACUUCUUAACUGAGAAAAAAAGCAGCGUUGUACGAGAAAGAUAUGCCCUGGCCUAUAGCUACAUUGUGAAAACUGAUCUAUUAUUAAAACUAUGCUGUUGUGAAAGUCCAUAUUCUGCUUUUCAUCAGUUCAGUGACUCACCAAUUUUAUCUUCUCCGUGUUUGACAGGUAAAAAGGCCUUAUUGCACAGUAAUUUUGAUAAGUGCUUAUCUUAUUACCUAAUCAUCAGAUAAGGAAGCUGCAGUCAUGUCCAGUUGUUUUAGAUCCUCUAGACCCAGAGAUCCAAUGGCUGUCCCACCAUCAUACAGUGACUUGGGGAAGUCUGCCAGGGAUGUAUUCAAUAAGGGUUAUGGAUUUGGAAUGGUCAAGUUGGAGUUGAAGACAAAGUCUUCAAGUGGAGUGGAAUUUACUGCAACUGGUUCUUCCAAUACAGACACAGGCAAGGCUUUGGGUAAUCUUGAAACCAAGUAUAAGAUCAAAGACUAUGGACUUACAUUCAUUCAGAAGUGGAACACAGACAACACAUUGGGAACAGAAGUUUCCAUGGAGGAUCAGUUGGCUGAAGGAUUGAAGGUUGCUCUUGACACUGUAUUUGUACCAAAUACAGGGAAGAAGAGUGGAAAGUUGAAGACUUCCUACAAAAGAGAAUAUGUAAAUCUAGGCUGCAAUAUAGACAUUGACCUCUCUGGACCAACCAUUUAUGGCUGGGCAGUGCUGGGUUAUGAAGGCUGGCUUGCUGGCUAUCAGAUGGCUUUUGAUACAGCCAAAUCUAAGCUUUCACAAAACAACUUUGCCUUGGGAUAUAAGGCAGGAGACUUUCAGCUGCACACUAAUGUGAACGAUGGCACAGAGUUUGGUGGGUCUAUUUAUCAGAAGGUUAAUAACAAGGUUGAGACAUCAGUCAAUCUUGCAUGGACUGCCGGCAGUAACAACACGCGUUUUGGCAUUGCUGCUAAGUACCAACUGGACGAGAAGACUUCCAUUGUGGCUAAAGUGAAUAAUGCCAGCCUGAUUGGAAUUGGUUACACUCUUGCUCUUCGACCUGGUGUAAAGCUGACCCUCUCGGGCUUGAUUGAUGGCAAGAAUUUCAGUGCUGGAGGUCACAAAGUUGGGCUAGGAUUUGAGCUGGAAGCUUAAUGCAUUUUUAAGUAAAACAAGAGAUGGUGCUCUGGAAGAUGAAGGUAAAGUGUACCUGGUCUGUUUUGGCCUUAACAUUACUCUGAAGUCUCAAGAAGUGUGAACUUUCUACUUCUUCCAAAGAACGCUUUUAACCCAACACUGAAGUCCAGAGAGUAGAAGCACCUCUAAAAGAAGAUACUUGAAGGCAUGCAUGGAAGCUCUGAUGUUUGUGCCACAUUUCACUUGUUUAUCAUAUUCUAAAUGGGUUCUUAAAAGGAGAAGAAUAUUCCACCUCUUCCCCUUACUGUACUAUAUCCUGCAUGUCCUCUAUUUCACUCCCUUUUAUAAAACGUGAUCUGUGCUGUUGUGCAAAAUCUCAUUUUACGACAGAAUGAAAUAAAUCAGUCACAGUUGGAACAAAAAAAGG